UCUAUGCUUCAAUCGUCCAACAUUCUGAUAAAACUGACUUAGGUUAGGUUAUGCAAUUUCAAGACUCCAAAUAGACACACAGAUUUAUGACUCGUCAAAUAUAUGGAAUAGAUUACAGCUUGUCGUGUAUAAAGAUUCAAAGAAUGUAAGACCAGGACGGAAGAAUCCGUUGACGUGCCAGCGGGCGAAUCCAGCGGACGAGGUGAACAGGAUAAUGUAGCGAGUCAGCAAAUGACGCCGAGAUCAGGCGGGACCUUCGCGUGUUCCUUCUGUUCCCUGAAAGAACACUACGACUACAAAGGCACGAGGCCACCAUUCGCACGGCAGCUGGUUUACUUGGAAGAGUGUUACGUCAUGAAAGAUCCGUUUAGUUUACCCAGUAGGGGUGAAGUUUUGGUCCUCGGCGGCGAUUGUAGCACGUGCGGACAUGCGGUGUGCUUGGGCUGCAGUAUAUUUUAUACAAAACGGUUUUGCCCGAAGUGCGCGUCCAGCAACAUGCAUAACUUACCAAACAAACUACACGGCAAGAUUAGCAAGUUAUCAACGAAACAAGCGGAUUUUUAGAAAUGAGAAAUUUGUUGAAUAUUGUUGUCAUGUAUUAAACUGUAUUAACGAUAUACAUGUUAUAUUAACAUUAAAAAAAAAAAGCUUAAUAAAAUCAUUCAUAUA